AUGGCGAUCCUGGCUGGAGAAUCGACGGCCCAAUACCUUAUUGGGCUUGGGAGUUAUGACAUGACCGGCCCAGCGGCGGAUAUUAACAUGAUGGGUUAUGCUAAUUUUGAGCAAACCACCGCGGGGAUACACUUCAGGUUGAGGGCGAGAGCAUUCAUUGUUGCUGAUGGAGAGAGAGGAAAAAGAGUUGCUUUUGUUAAUCUUGAUGCUUGCAUGGCCUCUCAGUUGGUCACUAUUAAGGUCCUUGAGAGGCUUAAAUCAAGGUAUGGAGAUUUGUACAACGAGGAGAAUUUAGCUAUCAGCGGGACCCACACACAUGCGGGUCCCGGUGGCUACCUGCAGUACGUUUUGUAUUCGGUAACGUCGCUUGGUUUUGUCCAGCAGUCCUUCGAUGCGAUAGUCGAUGCUAUUGAGCAAAGCGUAGUCCAGGCGCACGAUAAUCUGAAGCCUGGGUCCAUUUUCAUCAACAAAGGUGAUGUACCAGACGCCGGAAUAAACCGAAGCCCGAGCGCCUACCUCCUCAACCCUCCCGACGAACGUUCCCGCUACCCCACCAACGUCGACACCACCAUGACCCUCCUCAAAUUCGUCGACGCCAGAACCUCGACCCCCAUCGGCUCCUUCAACUGGUUCGCCACUCACGGCACCUCCAUGUCCCGAACAAACUCCCUCAUCAGCGGCGACAACAAGGGCCUCGCCUCCCGCUUGUUCGAAGACCACUUCUCCCUCAACAGGACUAUGACCCCAUCUUCGUCUCCGACGUUAGCGAAGGGAUUUGGCGCGACGGGAGGGGAGAUUUGUGGUGAUGGGACGAGCAGGGGGUUUAAAGUGAGGAGGCAAAAGUUCGUGGGGGCUUUCUGUCAAAGUAAUGUUGGGGAUGUGAGUCCGAAUGUGUUGGGGGCUUUUUGUGCGGAUACAGGGAGGCCGUGUGAUUUUAACCGGUCUUCUUGUGGCGGGAAUGAUCAGCUUUGCGUUGGCCGCGGACCCGGGUAUCCGGACGAGGUCAAGAGCACGAGGAUCAUCGGAGAGAGGCAGUUCAGAGUCGCCGUUGACCUUUUUGAGUCAGCAAACGAGGAGUUGACUGGAAAGGUUGACUUCCGGCACACGUACGUCAACUUCACAAGCCUCCACGUGGACCUCGGAGAUGGGAGAACGGGACGCACGUGCCCGGCGGCGCUUGGGGCGGGCUUUGCCGCAGGGACUACGGAUGGGCCGGGUGCGUUUGGGUUUCAGCAAGGGGAUACUGAGAUCAAUCCGUUUUGGGAAAUGGUGAGAAAUAUGUUGAAGGAGCCGAGCAAGGAGCAGAUAGAGUGCCAAAAGCCUAAGCCGGUGUUGCUGAGCGCUGGGGAGAUGUUUGAGCCUUACGCGUGGGCUCCAGCCAUUUUGCCGAUUCAAAUGCUAAGAGUAGGGAAACUUAUUGUGCUCUCUGUGCCAGGAGAAUUUACGACGAUGGCGGGGAGGAGGCUGAGAGAAGCAGUGAAGGAUGCAUUGGUUAGCAACGGGGACGGAGAGUUUGAUGACAGUACGGAAGUUGUGAUAGCUGGGCUCUCAAAUGCUUAUUCUCAGUAUAUCACCACGUUUGAAGAGUACCAGCAGCAGAGAUACGAGGGAGGGGACGCUUCAUUUAUCCCCUCCAUUGGUUCCAUAUUUUGGGUCAUUAAGACAUUUUUCAUUGAGAUAGGACUAAUCUCCGUCUAG